AUGACACGUGUAUUCAAGAUGGCGGCCGCGGCGAUGGAGACGUGGUUGGCCCUGCUGCUGUUGUCCAUGUUGCCUGGAGGGGUCCAGCCUUUUUACGUGCCUGGAGUUGCUCCAAUGAACUUCCACCAGAACAGUGUUGUAGAGAUUAAGGCCGUGAAGCUGACCAGCUCCCGGACUCAGCUUCCCUAUGAAUACUACUCCCUGCCCUUCUGUCAGCCUGAUAAAGUGGUCUACAAAGCAGAGAACCUGGGGGAGGUGUUACGCGGGGAUCGUAUUGUGAACACCCCCUACUCGGUACUCAUGACCCAGGACAGGAAGUGUAAGGUGGUUUGUGCCAAGAUGAAACUCAACGUGCAGCAGAGCAAGCUGGUGGCUGAGCGCAUCCAGGAAGAGUACUAUGUUCACCUCAUUGCAGACAACCUACCAGUGGCCACACGACUGGAAUUCUACCCCAACAAAGAGGCAGAGGAGGAGAAGGAUGUGGUGAAGGAUGUUCAGUUUGAACACGGCUACAGACUGGGCUUCACUGAGAACAGCAAGUUCUACCUACACAACCACCUGUCCUUCAUCAUCUACUACCACAAGGAGAAGCUGGAGGAGGGGGAAGAGCACAACUACAGAGUUGUACGUUUUGAGGUGGUUCCCCAGAGUGUCAAGGUGGAGGACCUGAAGGCUGAUAAGGGGCUGUGUACCCUGCCUGAGGCCACUAACUCAGCUCCUCAGGAGAUUGACCCCUCCAAGGAGAAUGAGGUUCUCUUCACCUACUCCGUCCGCUGGGAGGAGAGCCAGGUGAAGUGGGCAUCUCGCUGGGACACCUACCUGACCAUGAGUGACGUGCAGAUCCACUGGUUCUCCAUCGUCAACUCCGUGGUGGUGGUCUUCUUCCUCUCUGGGAUCCUCAGUAUGAUCAUCAUCAGGACCCUGAGGAAGGACAUCGCCAACUACAACAGAGAGGAUGACAUAGAGGACACCAUGGAGGAGUCGGGCUGGAAGAACGUCCAUGGUGACGUGUUCAGACCUCCACAGUAUCCCAUGAUCCUCAGCUCUCUGCUGGGCUCAGGCAUACAGCUCUUCUGCAUGAUUCUCAUCGUCAUCUUCGUGGCCAUGUUGGGGAUGCUGUCUCCUUCCAGUAGAGGGGCCCUGAUGACCACUUCCUGCUUCCUGUUCAUGUUCAUGGGUGUGUUCGGUGGAUAUUUUGCUGGCAGACUCUACCGCACGCUGAAAGGUCAUCGGUGGAAGAAGGGUGCUUUCUGUACGGCCACUCUGUACCCGGCUGUGGUCUUCUGCAUCUGCUUCGUCCUCAACUGUUUCAUCUGGGGAGAGCACUCGUCUGGAGCCGUCCCCUUCACCACCAUGCUGGCUCUGCUCUGCAUGUGGUUCGGUAUCUCCAUGCCGCUGGUCUACUUGGGCUACUACUUUGGCUUCCGCAAGCAGCCGUACGAUAACCCCGUCCGCACCAAUCAGAUCCCUCGCCAGGUGCCCGAGCAGCGCUGGUACAUGAACAAGUUUGUGGGAAUUCUGAUGGCUGGGAUUCUACCGUUUGGUGCCAUGUUCAUUGAACUCUUCUUCAUUUUCAGUGCCAUCUGGGAGAACCAGUUCUACUACUUGUUUGGUUUCCUCUUCCUGGUGUUCAUCAUCCUGGUGGUGUCCUGCUCCCAGAUUAGUAUCGUCAUGGUCUACUUCCAGCUCUGUGCGGAGGACUACCGGUGGUGGUGGAGGACCUUCCUGGUAUCAGGGGGCUCAGCCUUCUACGUCCUUGUUUACGCCAUUUUCUACUUUGUCAACAAGCUGGACAUUGUGGAGUUUAUUCCUUCCCUGUUGUACUUUGGCUACACGGCUCUCAUGGUCCUGUCCUUCUGGCUCCUCACAGGGACAAUCGGUUUUUAUGCAGCAUACAUGUUCAUACGGAAGAUCUACGCUGCCGUCAAAAUCGACUGACUUUGUUUCUGCUGCUGUUUUUUUUUUGCCACAUUUUCUUGUUCCGUUUUUAAUUUUUGUAUUCUGCAUGUCCAGCAAACACUGACUUCUGUGUAUGGAAGGAAGGAAGCAUGAGGUGGGUUUUGUGGAACAGUGCCACCCACAGGCAUAGGGAGAGAACAGCAAGAUGACGCUGCUAGCUCAACGCUCCCCUCUCCCUCCGUUAUUGGUGUCCACAGAGACAGAGUUCCUCUGGGACAGUCCAUGUUUUUCUGUGUUUCACCCUGGACACAUGGGCCAAAGCAUGUCAAUUGAAAGUCUCUGUAUGUUUUAGUGUCUGCUGUUGGAGUUGGACAAUCAAUGAAGUGCAUUGGUUCAGAACUUCACUUUGUUUUAAAAUCAGUUUCUCUGUAAGAUGUUUUAGUCUGACCUUUGUCUCUGUUUCUCUUUCUCGCUCUUUCUGUCUUUCUGUGUCUGUCGGUCUCUGUGUGUUUCUCUGUCUCAGUGUGUUAGUUAGUAAGGUUGGUUUAUUUGAGUUUAUAAUCUUUAUUGCAGAUGGUUGGGAGGUCACACGGUGGUAAUGGCACUAAGAAUUAUUUUGUUUAGCUGGGAAAUGGAAAUCUAACAUUGGAACAAGGAUAUUACAAUAUUCUGUUUUUUUCCCUUGUGGUUUCCGUGUCCUGAUGUGACCAUUUCAACCACAACUAAAAUCAGAAUCUAAAUGUGUUUUUCCUGGAGAGAAAAAAUCUCUCACAUUGAGGUAAGCGAUUGUGUAGAAGUGUAAAAUGAAAUUCUCCUCUGCAAAUACUACUUCCAUGAUCAAUUAAUCUGAUGUGCUAGGGAAGUCGAGUUGGCUUAAGGUGGUUGAAAUAUUACAUGUUAUGGAACAAAAGUAAAUGUUGAUGGAAAAGUAGUAUUUCUCAUCUUCAAAUCACCUUUCUAGUUUAUGAGCUUUAGCCUAGGGAAAAACGACUUGUUUUAAAAUGGUUGGACACCAUUACAUUACGAGUCAAUGUAAACAGCUACAUGGUCUCACUGAACUAUGCAGUUGUUUUUGGGGGGGGGGAAAGGAUGAGAUUGAUCUUUGGUUUCAUAACGAUCUUUUGUUUUGAUUUUAACACCUAGUUCAGUGAGACGCACCUGCUAUUCUAACAGAAGUUAUCUAUCGGUGUCGGUUAUCCCUGAGCAUCAAUGUCUCUACUAGGAUCGCCUUAGCAACACAGGGUUCUGUCAACGAGCGUCUGAAUGGAGUACAGUUUCCCAUAAACAACCUCUAAAAUGGAGUACAGUUGUUUCCCAUAAACAUCCUCUAAAUUAAGGACUGUUGUGUUUCCCAUAAACAACAGGCCCAAUCAGUGCUGUACAAGGUUGCCAAUGUGUUUUAGAUUCAGUGGAUAGGAAUGAGCUGGUCCUUCACUGGGUUUACUCUAUCUGGCUGUCUUUACACACGGAGCCCACUUCUGAUAUUUUCCACAAUUAUUGGCAAAAGAGCUCAUCUGAUUGGUCAAAAUGCCGAUUAUUGGCAAAAGAGCUGAAUUGGCCUGCCUGUGUAAACACCGGCUCUAUUACCCAGAGUUAGACUUUCUCACCGAGGGUUCACACCCUCUUGUAGCUGCAGUUCCUCUGAAGGUUGGGACUGAAAUGCUGAAGAUCCUGCAUGUUGAAACACUGGCCCUACACAACAGAUAGAAUGUUCCAUUGGGGUGUUGGGGACUAAAAACAUUAAAGACCUUUCUAUCUUGGACAUAUUUUACUCUAUGGCUCUGAUUACACCAGCAGCCCAAUUUUUUUUAUUUUUUUAUCUAAGAUCUGGUUGGUCAAAAGAGAAAUUAAGUGAGAGAGAAAAAUAUCCAAAUUGUGUAAAGCCUGUGUAAACGAAGGCUAUAAAAUGUCAUUCUAAGUGCCAGUUUCCCAGGCCCAGAUUAAGCCUAGUCCUGCACCAAAAAUGAUGAUCCAUGGACCUUUUAUAAGUCCAGGAAAAUGUUUAAAUAAAUUUGAGAGCUGAGCUUUCAAGAACAUAACCUUCAGGUCAACAUUACUACCCCACUAGAUUAUCACCAGUUUUUUUUGUUGAUUAAAGAGCAUAGAAACAGACAGUCUGGUAGAGGUGCGAUCUCGCACAGCAGAGGGUGUUGGGAUAGAACUGCACUGGAAGAGAACGGAGAGGGAACCGGUGCUGAGAGGGAAUUACUCCGUUCUGGGUGAAUGAUAAUACAGUGAACCACUGAAUGAAUUCUCUCUGCCCCCUGUCUCCACUCUCCCUUGAACAGGUUCUCUCUGCAUCUCUCUCACAUUCACCUCCACAUUAGCAGCCUUUUCCUCCCCUCUGCUAGUGUCUGAAAGUGUUCCUGAUCCACAGACAGACUUCUUAACCUGGGCCCAACAAACAAAAUUCCAGGAGAGAUUUUCUACAGAUGUGCUUUUGAUUGACAUGAGCUGUGUAUGUGUGUGAAUGACUGUCUACUAUGUAUGUAAAUGCAACACGUAUUGUUUUUUUUCCCCCUGUUGUGUGGCUCUUGACUGUAUGUAUAAAGAUCAUGUCAUUGUUUUAGCCAAAACUAUGGUUUUUAAGAAACUUAUUUCUUCCUGUUUUCUUUACAGAAUGUCCAGUUAUAUAAUGUAUGAAACAAUUAAAGUGCUGAUUCGUUGGAAUUUGAA